AUGUCGCCGUUCCCGGAUCCUGUUGGUAGAAAAAAGGCGGCCGAAUUGUGGUCGAGGCUUCUGGAUACCUCCCAGUCCGAACCCCCUAGUUCUCUGAUGGCAUUAAGCAAAGUCCUCCAAGACCUCGCCGAGGAGUUCGACAAGCGAGUUCGUUCGGGUUGGGCUAGCGAUCUUUACAGUCUCGCGUGGUGUAACUACUUUGUCGCUGCUUUCGGCAGGGUUUUGAGAGAUCUGCCACCCUGUAAAGAUCUUGAUAGCAUCGGUGAACUAUGCGAGGCGAUUGCAAGACUGGAAAUCACCGCGCCCUCUGAUGCCAGUGCUACUACUACUACUAUCGAUGUCAAGCCCACCGAUUCCUCUUCCUCCGACGACAUCACCUUCAAAGUGGACAACCAAGGAGGCUACAAAGCCCGCAUUGUCAAAGAGGGCACUGCGACGACCCUCGAGUUUCUGCUGAACGGCCCGGCCACGGUUACGGUCCAUGUCCACAGAGGUACCCUCAACCAAUUGAUUGGUGAGGGUUCUUCCAGGUCCGCUUACGUCCCCUCCGUCGGUAUUGCUGCCUCUGUUGCCGGCAGUACUGUUACUGGUACUGCUACUGGUAGCGCAUGUGCUACUGAGGAGAAGGAGGAGGAGGAGAGGAUUUACGAGUACGGGGAGCCCAACGAGGACGCUGAUUUCGGUCUCUGGAGCUAA